CGAUGCUCUAGUGAGGAUUGUUCCAGUUCUGAUUACUUAUUGAAUGAGGCAUGUCAGUUGUUACGACCAUCCCAACAGAGUCAAAAACCUCUGGAACCGGUGCCGAACAGGCAGUCGACCUUUGCCAGCUGAUUAACGAGGCCACAUCGGAAAAUACGGAGCGCAAUUCAGGUCGGAACUCCUACUUUUGGUCAUCUAAAGGACGGCCAUCUUUACCAGAUGUUGGCCAUACAAACAACGCCCCCUCACAGCCUCGUACCAAAGCCAGACAGCGUGAGUCAGCUUUGGAUCAAGGUCAGACAACCCCCCUCUAUAUGCAGUGCAUCACAGCUUUGUAUGGAAGUCAGACAAUGAUCCGUUCGAAAAAACGUCCAAAAACACCACCGACCAAUUUGGAAAUUCGAGAUGUACAAGAAAUGGAUAUUCCGAAUGACAUGGUAUCUCUAAAUCAGCGGUUUCACGACAAAACCACGCAGGAAAAGUUUCUAAUUCCAUCCGAACUGAGAACUGGUGACCACUUCGAUAACUUUACCAAGGUGGUACAGUCAGAUCCCAUUGUUAUAGAGGAUGAUGAGGACAUUGGUGGUCAUACUACUGAACGUCGCAUAUCUGGCACGAAAUCUCCUUCAAGUAGUCUUCAACUAACGUCUACCUCUGUGACCAGUUCAAUCACAUCUUCGCUUUCGUCUAUACACAUGACGGUUUCAUGUGCUUCCACCGGACCAACAAUUGCUCGUGUUACCUCACUCUGCCAACCCAAUAUUCAGGUUUCCCAGGCAAGUUAUAUUUUUGCGUUAAAGACACGACCUACACCCAUUGUGCUUGUUUUUAACUGA